AAAUGGAAUGACAAUCGACUAAUUGAUAUCAAACAAUCAUCACCUUUCAAGUAAUUCACUUGUCUAAAAAUUAUUAAAUCAAUCAAAAUGUGCAAAUUGAUCAUCUUAGUUGCUCUCGCUAUCUCCGCCGUAAGUGCCAAACCCGGAGUAGUUGCUCCUCUUGCUUAUAGUGCUCCAGCUGUAGUUGCUCCCGGAGUCGUAGCAGCCCAAAGUUCUCAGGUUUUCGCAAGAAAUUAUAAUGGAUUAGCUGCUCCUUUGGCAGUUGCUGCUCCCGCAAUUGCUGCUCCCGCAGUAGCUGCUCCCUUGGCUGCUCCUCUUGCCUACAAUGGAUUCCCAUUUGCUGCUAGAUACGCUGCUGCUCCUGUAGCUGCUCCAUUAGCUGCUCCCGUAGCUGCUCCCUUAGCUGCUCCUUUGGCGUCGCCUUAUGCUGCUUUACCUUACUCCGCUGCCUUGCCUUAUGCAGGACUUAGACAUCCAUAUUUCUUGUAA